GGGAAUGGUUACUAACUUAUAACAUUGGGCGAUCUUUAGAAGUUUAUUCUACAAAAAUGUCAACAAUCUAUCGUAAAACCGUCUGGUUCGUUAAAGGACUGCGAGAAUACACGCUAAACGGCUAUCUCGAAGCUCAAAAAAAGUUCGAGGACCUCAACACUGAGACUUACAAAGACCUCGGUGGAAAAGCGUACAUGGUGACAGGAGCUAAUAGUGGUAUAGGAAAAUGUGUUUCGUUGGAACUUGCUAAACGCGGUGCUACAGUACAUAUGGUUUGUCGCGAUAAAACAAGAGGAGAGCAAGCACAACAAGAGUUGCUGGAGGCCAGCCCGAACAAGGAGGUGCAUCUGCACCUGCUUGACAUGUCCAUGCCAAAGAAAGUUUGGGAAUUUGCACUGGGCUUCGCAGAGUCUGGUAAAAGCCUGAAUGGUUUGGUUAACAAUGCUGGUUGCAUGGUGAACGAAAGAACAAUCACCGAAGAAGGGUUGGAAAAGAAUUUUGCAACCAAUGCCUUAGGGACUUAUAUUUUGACAACUGGGUUGAUCAGUGUUUUAGAGAAAAGUAAAGAACCUAGGAUCAUCACGGUAUCAUCAGGUGGAAUGCUUACGGUCAAGCUUGACGUUGACGACUUACAAUUUGAGAGGAUGAAUCCAUUUGAAGGGGUGAUGGCAUAUGCCCAGAAUAAGCGUCAACAGGUUAUAAUGACGGAAAAGUGGGCAGAAAUGUACAAGGCUACCGGCAUUCACUUUUCAUCCAUGCAUCCAGGAUGGGCAGACACUCCUGCUGUUAAGUCAUCCAUGCCAGAUUUUCACAGAAAAAUGCAAGGAAAGUUAAGAACUGCUGAGCAAGGAGCUGAUACAGUUGUCUGGCUAUGCAUUUCCAACGAAGCAAUCAAAACUCCCAGUGGAGCGUUCUUCCAGGAUCGUGAAGCAGUUUCAAAACAUCUUCCUCUUGCAUGGACCAAGUCCUCAGCUGCCGAUGAGGAAACAUUGAUGACAAAGUUGAAAGAAAUAGCUGAACAAUUUCGAGUAGAAAAUGCAACAAAUGACUCUUGAAUUACCAAAGCAUAGUUCAAAGAAGACAGAGAACAUACUAGAUUAUACAAGGGAUCAUAAUAUAUUGUGAAAAUAUGUAUCCUUACUUGUGAAGUGAAACUAAGUAAAACAAGAGGUUUAAAGGGUCUUAAUUUCGAGUGGAAUUAUACGCA